CCAGAAAAGUGCGUUUUAGAAUGAUUAGUUGCCAGCGGAGAGACAGAUUAUACGGCUCUACACAACUGUUGUUUUAAUCCCCUGGGCGAGGAGAUUUAGCAAAGAAAAAACACUGGUUUUAAACCCAGCAGCCAUAUUGUAUAGAAAAACGACGGAAAGACUCCUCUUAUCAGAUAAAAUCGUUUUUCUCAGAUAGGCUACCUCUGUCAAGACUUUUGAGGAGGUUAAUAGUUUUUCUUACCGGCGGUGGGUUUCUGUCGGACAGCUAGUUUGCCAGCUGGUUGAGGAAUUCCGAGAUUGGGACUAGUUUUUGGGCUAUUUUACACAAUACUGUGGUCACCUCUUUGGUUUAAAGUUGUUAAAUCAACCGUGUAAAACAUGAAGGACCGAUUGGAGCAACUCAAAGCGACGUGUGAUCAAGAUGACGACGAGGUGGAGAUUUCUAUGGACAACGCAGCCUUCAUGGACGAAUUCUUCUGUCAGAUUGAAGACAUCCGGAGUAGUAUUGAUAAAAUUGACGAGAACGUGGCUGAAGUCAAAAAGCUUUUCUCAGUCAUCCUGUCUGCGCCCACAUCAGAUCAGAAAACACAAGAUGACUUGGAGGCAAUUACCAAUGACAUUAAGAAGAUGGCCAACAAUGCAAGAAACAAACUUAAGACCAUCGAGAGGAAUCUGGAGUCAGAGGAGCAGGAGAGGGUGUCUGCUGACAUGCGGAUACGUAAAUCACAGCAUGCAGUGCUGUCAAGGAAGUUUGUGGAGGUAAUGACAAAGUAUAAUGAAGCCCAGGUGGACUUCAGGGAGAGGAGUAAAGGACGUAUUCAGAGACAACUAGAGAUCACUGGAAAAGCAACGACAGAUGACGAGCUGGAGGAGAUGUUGGAGAGUGGCAAUGCUGCUGUGUUUACUGCAGGGAUUGUGGACGCUGGGGUCUCUAAACAAGCCUUGAGUGAGAUCGAAGCCAGACACAAAGACAUCGUCCGUCUGGAAAGUAGCAUCAAGGAGCUGCACGAUAUGUUUGUUGACAUCGCCAUGCUGGUGGAGAGCCAGGGUGACAUAGCUGACAACAUAGAGCAGAAUAUAUCCAAGUCAGUGGACCAUAUAACAGAGGCUAAGGAACAGACCAAAAAAGCUGUAAGGCAUCAGGGCAAAGCACGCAAGAAAACGGUGAUAAUAGUGGUGGUUGUGCUGGUUUUGCUGGCCUUACUAGCUCUCAUAAUCGGAUUGUCCGUGGGAUUGAAGCAAAGCUGAUGAGCUCUUUGAGUAAGAGAAGAGCUAAGGAAGAUGAUCAUAAUUGGUGUAGUCUGUGCUGUGGUUGCGCUCAUCCUCCUCAUCGUCAUCCUCACCCAGACACUGUAAUGGGACUGCUGCCUUCAUCAGUUCAUUCAUCCUCCAUCAGCUGGCCCACCAAAGAAAAACCUGAUACUGAUCACUCCAUAUGGAUUUGAUAAUAUUUAACCUGCAGAUGUACAACAACAAGGACAAAUGUUCCUUUUGACCUCUGGAGAAAGAAAGAAGAAGAGCUACGUGACUUGUGAUAAUUAUAAAACCUUUUUGUCCAAUCAGAACUGUGCUUCCUGGUAUGUGAGGGUCUGUAUGACUCCCUCAGGAGGCUUGAGCAGUUUGGGGAUGCUCUUCUGCAAACGAGGAAAUGAGACUGAAGCUGACAUGAGGUACAAUAGCUAUUGUAUCUCUGCGGAGGGGAAAGGAGAAUUGAUCUGAAAUUGAUUUUAAAUGUCCAUUAAAUCGGACCCUCGUGAAGCCUUAUAGAAGCACCUCACCUCCCUUAUCAUUAUUUCUUGCCUUUAUGAGCCUUGACACAUUUUGUGAUUGAAAAGCUAGCUACUGUAUUGAGAUUUUGUUGUUUUAGGUGGAGUUCCAGCACUUUCACAUUUCAAAAUAUGUCUUUAUUUCUGUAUUUAAGAUCCGAUGAUCCUGUGAAUAAUGGAUAUUUUUAUUUUUUUUGUGUGUCGUCGAUAUGUAGCCCUAAAUAUUGCUCAGUUCUUUAACUUGAAGAGGAUCGGUGUGCUCACUUAUGAUUCUUCAGUUUGUAGAGCCCAGUGGUUCUGAUUUUAAAUAUGAAGGAUGAUUCUUACGGAAACACAUUUUAUAGACAGGUGGAGCUAAGAUGAGCAAAGAAAGACGGUGGAUAAACGUGCAUCCAUCUGUAACAUCUCAGAGAAACGCCUGAAUAUUUCUUUUGUGUCUUUGCUAACCUGUUACAAUGUAAGCCAUCGUGUCUUCUCCAUAUACAGACAUGAUUGUCUCCCCUGUUUUAAUGCCAAAGAGAGACGGGUAGUAACUAUUUGUAUUUCAGUGUCGGAAUAGUCUAAUAAGUAAGCAAUAGUAAUAUAUUUAUUAUACCUUUUGAUCAUCUUGCUAAUAAGUUGCACAUACAGGAUGAAGUGUAAGUGGACAGUGAGGCCUCCCUGACUGGUGGCUCUUUACUAGUGUGAUUCACAUUUCCUGGCAUAUUUUAGGUGUCGCUAUAUUUAAACUGUAAACAUACACCUCAGUUGCCAGUUUGUUACGUACAACUAUCUGAACCUAAUGCAUUCUAAUGCAACAGCCCUGCGAUAAAUCCUGUUGUCAUGAAGGUUAAAACAACUUUUAGAGACAUGUUUGUUUAACUUUAUGGGCAUUAAGGGGAAGAAGUUUGUGUUGCAUUUUAAUUGUACUACAUUAUACUGUGUCUUACUUAGUUUGCCCUCAUUGAUACAAAGAGGUUAACUAAAUAACAGAAACACAAUUUAUAACACUGAGUACAACCUUGAAAAAGACCAUAAGGUUGACUCGUCACUGAUCUAAAACAUUACAAACAUUUUUAAAUGUAUAUAACUAGAAGGGCACUCGGUGAGCGCAGACCUCCGCCGAGGCCAAAUGCCCCAUCUCGCAAUGUUAAUGAACAUGAAAUAAUAUUUGUGUAUCCGCCCCCAAAAUGUAGUAGGUUCUUUUUUGGCCCUACAGCCUUUUUUUUUUUUUAAACCUUUUUAUCCUGCUGAAAAACAAACAGAACUGAAAACAGAAGCUCCUUGGCGUAAGAACGCAAUGAUGGAAAUCAGUAGAUAACUUUAUUGAUUUAAUCCCUCCCUGUCUGAUAUGAUGUGCUGUAUACAUAUAUGAGAAGCUGGUCAAUAAACCAAAUCAAAUGAAGGAUUUACUACGGGGCUGUUCUAUUAGACUGCAUUAGUUUAGUCGGGUGUACCUAAUAAACUGGCCACAGUUUUUGAUUCUAGUUAGUCCCCAUCAUUUCAUUCAGUUUCUUUAUCUUGGUAGAGGGAAUGUGUUUAUUGAACCACCGUGCACAUGUUGUCACACGGAGGCUUUAAUAUGGCAGUUAAAGCAGGUGAUUCCAGCUGUGCAUACAAAUACUGUAUCAGACACUUUUUCCCAUCAUUAAAGAGACCGGUAUCAGCAGGUAGUGACCGCAUGUAGGGGUUUAGUAGUGCAAAGACAGAGUUUUUCAAAUGUCCUGUGCAUUAUGAGGGCUGGCGUUCAUGAGGGAAGUCUUUGUUUCUGUUCAAAUGGAGCCUGAAUGGUUCCUUUUAAUUCUGGUUGUGCGGGGAGGGAGCACUUGAAAGUGAGAGGCCUCCCCAGCUUGGUCUUUUGAACACGCAGUCUGCUCUUUUGGCUUCUGCUCUUGCCUGUUCAAUCCUAAUGCGCCUUCUAUUCAGGCCUGUUCCUUCACACAACUUUGGCCAUCAGCACGGGCUACAAUAAGAGCAGGAGAAUAAGAUGUUGUUCACUGUUUUAAAUUAAGGUUCCACAGAUUUUAUUGAAAAUUAAAGAUUUUAUGUUUUUUAAUGA